AUGGCGGAGCAUUUGGCAUCGAUAUUUGGUACGGAGAAGGAUCGAGUGAACUGCCCCUUUUACUUCAAGAUCGGCGCGUGCAGACACGGGGACCGGUGUUCCAGGCUCCAUACCAAGCCCAGCAUAAGUCCAACAAUAUUGCUGUCUAACAUGUACCAGCGUCCUGACAUGAUCACUCCUGGUGUUGAUGCUCAGGGUCAGCCCAUCGAUCCCAAAGCGAUACAGGAACAUUUUGAGGAUUUUUAUGAAGACUUGUUUGAGGAGCUCAACAAGUAUGGAGAGAUUGAAAGCUUGAACAUCUGCGACAAUUUGGCUGACCACAUGGUUGGCAAUGUUUAUGUUCAGUUCAGAGAGGAAGAGCAUGCUGCAAAUGCGGUGAAAAAUUUGACUGGAAGAUUUUAUGCUGGACGGCCCAUUAUUGUUGAUUUUUCUCCAGUGACUGAUUUUCGUGAAGCUACCUGUAGGCAGUAUGACGAGAAUACUUGCAAUCGUGGUGGGUACUGCAACUUUAUGCAUCUGAAAAGAAUUAGCAGGGAGUUGAGACGCCACUUGUUUGGGAGAUACAAGAGAAGGCGUAGCAGAAGCAGAAGCCCUUACAGGCACCGUAGCUAUGAAGAGAGCUCUCAUGGCCAUCACAGUCACAGUAGGAGAUAUGAUGAUCGUGAUUACCAUGAGGGUCGCAGCAGGAGGCGCAGAAGUACAAGUCCUAGUCAUAAGAGGGGUAGAAGCAGGAGCCCAGGUGGAAGGAAGGAUCGCAAUCCUGUUAGGGAAGGUAGUGAAGAAAGACGAGCUAAAAUUGAGCAAUGGAACAGGGAAAAGGAAGAGGCAGAACGCUCUAACAAGAUCAGUACCAGGCCCAGGAGCCACCACAGCAAAGUUGAUAUGGAUACUGACGAUUUGAGCACUGGUGUUUUGGUGCAAGCCAGACCGUUUGGUUUAACAGGAAUUUGUAGGGCAGAGCUGGAAAGGUUAGAACUUAGAAGCAGCAACGUAGUUCGUUUGCUUUGUUGGACAGUUUCAUGUUAUGGUAGGAUGUCUUAUUAUCUUCGAUAUCUUGGUUGA